AUGAAAUCAUUUGAAUCUCGCCCUCCCGUGGAUUAUCCACGGAAGCGUGCAUCAAUCGCAUGUAAUUUCUGUCGACAUCGGGUGCAGGAUAUCCCGGCUGAGAUCCUGCUACGCUUGACCCAUCUGGAAACCCUGAUCGAGCAACAAAAGGACGCCAUCACCGAGCUCUCAGCCCGAGUAGCCUCUUCAUCGGAUCAUCCGGGUCGGUCGGCCUUCUCUAUCUAUCCGUCCCAGCCAAAAUACGACUGGGAUCCAUCAUCGGAGCAUGUAUACGAUAAAACCUUUGUUCUUUUUUCACCGGAGAACACCUACGGUCAUGAAUAUGCAUUUACUGUUCCCCUCGGUCAUCAUCCACCCACUGGAAGCCUAUUUGCGUUGGAUCGAGUCAAAAAUUUGGUUGGCAACUACCCGCAAGACUUUUUCAAGCAGAUCGAGAAAAACCGACCAUUCAACAGCAUUCAGGCCGCAGGCAUACCUCAGAACUUUGAGCAAAUCGACAGAUCUCGACUGCAUCCCCAGGUCACCAAACCCCUGAUCACGGAGUUCCUCCACCAUGUCCAUCCAUUCUUCCCAAUUGUCGAGCCGCAGUUGUUACAUAUGCUCUUUGACACCUUCUCAACAUACACCAAGGUCAACAGCAUCCAAACGUCCCUCUAUCUCGUUAUUUUGGCUCUAGGAAAAGCAUCUUCGAAUCCUCAGCAAAUUUUCGAUAUCGAAACGGACCAAGAUUUGAAUGGGAUGGAAUAUUUCGCCUGCGCAUAUCACUACUUGAACAAUAUGUUGAUAACGUCCUUCACAGCGGACCACUUGCUGCCUUUGGCUUUAUUCUACGGCUCUUUAUAUUUGCGUCACAUAGGACGCCCGAUCCAAGCAUGGCAGAUGAUUCGGAAUGCGUCCGGCAAUGUGCAGAUCAUGAUUGCCGAUGACGAUCUCGCCGAGUUCCAUUUCCCUUCCAGUGGCAUUGAAUUCCUCGUCGAUCGAUUGCCCUUUCCUCGAAUUUCGGAAGAUAGCCGAAAUGGCCACCUGGUCUUCCUCGCCAUGUGCUCGAUUCGAAAGCUUCUCAACCGUGUGCAUAGUGCUCUGUAUUCAAAAUCCGACCAGGAGAGUUUCCAUGCCAGCCCUCCGCCUCAACAACCUAGUGACACCCCCAGUGCGACUUCCCAAAAUCAUUCGAUUACAUCUCUCAAGACAAUCAGCGAGGAGCUCGAUCGGCAAUUGGAGGACUGGUUUGGUUCUCUCCCAAAUCCCAUCAGGCCAACCCUCGGCAAUACGAUAUCCGCAGAUCACCCUUACGAUACGUACAUUCUCGCCCGGUACUAUGUCACAAAACACAUCAUCUGCCGCCCGAGCCUGGUCUUUGCCGCCCACACCCAGAGCAGUACGGUGUUGCCGGAGUUUGUUUUUGCGAAUUGCAAGAAGUGUGUCGACGGCUGUCGCAAAUUCAUCUGGGCGGCAUCGAUUCUGAUGCGGCAGAGGAUGCACUCGAGCUGGCACAGAAUGCAGGCAAUCUUGGCUGCCAUUGUCACUCUCUCGACUGCGAAAACCACGCCGGCUCUAGAGGCCCUUGUUCCGGACUUCGAUGAUCUAGUGAAAGAAGCAAUUCAAUGCGUUGAACUAUGGGCGCAGCAUUGCGAAACGGCAGAUACAGUUGUCAGCAUGCUGAAGACUAUCCGCCAGAAAGUGCGAGUAUUGGUUCGGGGAUCUUAG